AUGGACAGUGGAUCAAAAUGUGCACCAAAAAUGGGUAAAGAAUUUGAGUCUGAGAAGUUCCCAAAAGAGUCAGAAAACAAAACGCUGGAGAAGAAUGGUCCAGGGAAGACGGCCGUAGUGAUUGGGGCGGUGAUCUUGGCAGCUGUUAUUGCUCUCAUGACGGGGCUGCUGAUCUGGCAUUUCCAAUUCCGUACAGAACAGUUAUCCAAGAGGAUGUACAUUGGAUCAAUGAAGGUUGAGAACCAGGUGUUUGAAAACGCCUAUAAGAACUCCAGCUCUCCCGAGUUCAAGGCUCUGGUUCAGCAGGUGUUGCGAGAUCUAAAAGUUAUUUACACCAACAACCCAAAGCUGAAGAAAUAUUAUGUCGGCUCUGUUGUUCAAGCAUUCAGUGAGGGAAGUGUUAUUGCCUACUACCUGUCGGAGUUUAAAGUCCCUGCAGGCCAAGAAGCAUCUGUUGACAACGCUAUGGCUGAUUUGGAUACAACUGUGAAAAGGACCCUAGCAUCACCAAAAAGACCAACUAAUGCUCUGGAGAUCAGAGAAAUGAGAGCCUCAGUUUUAGAUGACAGAUUGUUGUCAACAUCCUUCAAGAAAAAUUUAAGGUAUUCAGAACAUACAAAGCCCAAUGUGGUUAGUUGGAUCAAGUCCCCUGGUUUCCCCGACACUCCGUAUACGCCCAACACGUUCAUCCAGUGGGAGCUGCGAGUAGACCGUGAUAACAUCAUCAAGCUUGAGUUUGACACCAUGAAUCUGGAGGAGAACUGCAAACAUGACUUUGUGAAAAUCUAUGACUCUCUGGUGCCCAUAGAGUCCCGUGCCUUGGAAGAGUUGUGUGGACACUAUUCACGCACUGCACCGCUCACUUUUUAUUCUUCUGGAAAUGUCAUGCUGGUUACAAUGGGAACAAAUGACGACCUCGAUUCUAUAGGAUUUCUAGCAAAAGUUUCUCAAAUACCACCAGGAACUAUAAGUAAGAAUUUUGUCUCACUAUCCUUCUUAUUUCAGGUCCCUAAGGAUAAGGCAGUGAAAGUAACAUUCAAAAAGUUGCUCUUGGCAGAGCCUGGCCAGGAGGAUGGCAAAAAUUGUAACAAAGAUUACGUCAUGAUCGAUGACGGAAAGAGACUGUGUGGAGAGAACCUCAAAGGGACACUGGUAGAAGCCAGCAAAACCAACAAAAUAAAGGUGUCUUUUCAUUCUGAUUACUCCUACGUGGACCGAGGCUUUUUAGCAGAAUAUGAGGCCAUUGACAUCAAAGAUCCUUGCCCAAAUAAGUUCCUUUGCAAAAAUCAGUGGUGCAUCGAUCGUAACUUAACAUGUGACGGCUGGAAUGACUGCGGAGACAAUAGUGACGAGGAAAAAUGCAAAUGCAGCUCCGACAAGAUAACCUGUAAAAAUGGGCUCUGUAAGCCCAAGUUCUGGAAAUGUGAUGGUGUAAAUGACUGUGGAGACAACACAGAUGAAUUGAACUGUGGCUUAUGUAAAAUACGAGAAUGUUUCAACAACUAUUCAAAAAAAUAUCCAUUCUAUCGACUAAUAUAA